AUGGCUGGGAAAUUCGCAGGAGUAUUGGCAGAAUGGUACAAGAGUACGGGGAAAAAUGGCGAUGCCUAUGUGAAAUUGGAGAAAGAAAUGAAGGAUACGUUUGAAGAAUUGGGUAAUUACUUGAAAGGGGCGAGCGAUCCAACAGGAGUGGCAGCCGCAUGUUCGAGGGUACCCGAAAGGUACUGGGUCUAUACAGGAAGGAGCCAGGACAAAUUACUUUGCAAGGCUCUACUGAGAGUAGUAUAUUGGAUGAAUGGAUUAGAUGAGUGGGCCCGCAGCAGGAGUGAUGGGGCAAAUGAAAAGGAACUAAAGGAAUAUUUAAGGUGUAUAAUAGGACACGCAGCUAUGAUAAGACUUCUAAGUAAUAAAUGUCAAGUGGUGGAUAUUGUACAAGCAGUUCAGAAGGCUCAGGCAAAUGUAGCAGGGAUCAUUGAUAAAGAAAAUCUUAAUAAAAAGUGCGGAUGGGUUACAUUAGAACAUAUGAAAUUCAGUUCAAAAUUUUUGGGCAAAACCUUGGUAGAAUGGGUAAACGAACAAAACAGGGCACAGGGAUGGUCAAGUACGUACAUUAAUUGGACAAUGUGCCCGAAGAAGGGGACAUGGGAUCAUGGAAAAAUAGAGGAAGAAAAAGAUAAAAGUAAGGGAAUUCUGGAUUUGGUAAAGGAGAAGAAGGCCAGGGAAUUACACGAAAAAGUUUAUCAGCAGGGGAGUUCAACGUCGCCUGGAAGUCCAGCGUCUGCCGUUGAUCCGACGUCCCCUGUUGGUCCGACGUCUCCCCACGGAAGUCCAACUGCAUCGGAAGACAUAUUAGAACAAUUCCUGCAGAACGCAGAAUCGUGUAAAGCAGAAGAAAAAGAUAACAUGCAGAACUGUCUAAGGAAAAAACUGGACUUAACAAUAGGUAAACCAUGUGGUGACAGCAGUAGUAAUUUCUGUAGUCGUGUGGAUUGCAUAUUGAAGAAGAAGAAGGAAAUGAAUGACAGUUCUACAGGGAAGACGGUAACAGAGAAUAAAGUGCGGGAGGAAAUAAAAACGGAAGUCACCUCAUUCGACAGCGCCCUGUCUAACAAUGCGGCAAGGGACAACGAUAUAGAGCAGUAUUGCAAGGACGUCCCAUGUACCAACGGUGAAGAGGAUUGUGUGAGCAAGGAAACAUGCAAAAUUAUUGUUAAAGCAUUGAGGGACAUACAUCAAAUCAAAAAAGAGGGAUCCGAUUCUGAUGGGAAGAAAGAGAUUAAUAGAAUAUUUAAAUCUACCAUUCACUGUAUGGCGCUUAAUGCCUUUAUACACAAAUUAAAAGAUCAGGCGGACAAAGGUGGUUAUGUUUGUGCCGUCGAAGACGGCAUAGAGAAGGCAUUUGGUGCAGCAGAGAAGGAGAGGGACACUUGGUGUAAUAAGAAUGGUAAAGGGGAUGGGAAUGAGAAGGGUUCAUGUGAGGAAUGUGGAAAGGAUAAUCAGUGUUUCAGUACUGACGUGGGGGGAAUGAAGCCAUGGACCGAAGUAAUGAAGAACUUAAACAACGACACCACCCCCAGCAUACAACCAACAUUAGAAGAAUUACAUAAUCAAGCCACUUUAUGUGAUCGUCUACAUUGUGCUAUAGACCAAUGGAAAAUAGCAAAAGGAAUAACAACAGCAACAGCAGCAGGACCAGCACAAACACAGAUCAACGACAAUGAUUUUUGGGACAAGGAUGUUAAGAAAUUGUGGGAAGAACUAGCAGGGAAAAUGAAGGACAGUAAUGGCAAAGACGCAAGCGGAAAUGGACAGUGUGAUUCAUUUACAACGGACGCUGAAAAGGCGGCAUGCAAUUAUUUGCAUGCCGGCUUCACCGAGCUGUACAAGGAUCUGUCUUCGUCGAAAGACGACGACAACAUCUUAAAGAACAACCCAUCGUUUAGACAAACGAUGGGUUGUUUUUUACUUCACGCUUAUGCAAAACACAUGAAAGAAAAAGCAAUUUGUAAUAUUGAAAAGGGGAUAGAAAAAGCAUUUGAUUCAUGGCAGAACCCGGGAAGCAAAACUGGAACUUCUUGCAAUGGUGCUCCUGGCAUUGGCAAGGGACCUUGUGUCCCUUGCCAAUGGAAUGAAAAAGACAAAUUGGACAGUUGCCUUCAGAAAAUUACCAUAAAUAGUAGUACAACUGGCUCUGAGGAGACUGCAAAGAAGAAAGUGGAAAAAAUUAUCGAGGAAGACACCACCAACAUAAAGGAUAUGCUAUCUAACAUAAAUAAAAGGGAUAAAUUAUGUGAGCAUAUGAAAUGUAUAGCAACCCACUUAAAUUCCACAAACGGACAACCAAAAUCAUCGGGUACAACUGCGGACAACUUCUGGAAGGAUGAUGUUAAGAACUUAUGGAAAGAACUGGCAGGAGCAAUGGCAGGGAAAGGAAGUGGCGACGGAAAUGGAAAUGGAUGUAAUAAAGUGAAGGACGGAAAUAAUCCUGAUAGGGAUGCAAUUCAUUCUGAAAAGACGGCAUGCAAUUAUUUGCAUGCCGGCUUCAAGAAAUUAAAGGAACUUUCCAGGUCCAUAAGGAAUGACGGCACUAACUACGCAACCCUGAAGAAAGACCCAUCGUUUGUCCAAACGGUGGGUUGUUUCUUACUUCAUUCUUAUGCAAAACAUAUGCAAAAGGAGUCAACUUGUGUUAUUGAUGCUGGUAUAGAAAGAGCUUUUAGUUUGUGGCAGGACCCAAGUAAGAAAGCAUCUUCCAUUUGCAAUGGCAGUGGCACGGAACCUUGUGUUCCGUGCAAAUGGAAUGAAAGCGACUAUGACACUUGCCAAAUUAAAACAAAUGGAGGCACUGGCACCACAGAACAAACGGCAGUAAAGCCCGAAGUGGAAGGAAUUGUCAAGGUGGAGGACUCAAACACUAACUCCAUCAUAAAGAACAUAAAUGAAAUGAAGACUUUAUGUGAUGGUUUACAAUGUAUAGCAUCCCACUUAAAUCCCUCAAACGGAAAACAACCGAGUACAACUGCGGAAGAAUUUUGGAAGGUAAAGACGGGCGAGGUCCAUAAGUUGUGGACAGAACUGUCCACAGCAAUGAAGGCAAAUGAGAAGGACGAAGUUCAAUGUAAUACAGUGGACAAUGGCACCGCAAGUGCUCCUGGAAGAACAUCCACCAAUCCUGAAAGGAAGGCAUGCAAUUAUUUGCAUGCCGGAUUAAACGAACUAAAAACUAUUUCGACGUCCAUAACGACUAACGGAACUUCCUACCCAAUCUUAUCCCAACAUGCAUCGUUUGGACAAACGAUGGGUUGUUUAUUUCUUAAAGAAUAUGCAAAAAAAAUGCAAGAAAAAUCGACUUGUGUUGUCGAUUCUGGUUUAAGGAAAGCUUUUAAGUCAUGGAAUGAAAGUACUAAUGGCAAAUGCAGUAAUGGUUCAUGUGUUCCAUGCAAUUGGGACGAAACAUUGGACAACUGCAAUGUGACAUUUGGCAAUACCGCUGCCAAGGUUCAGGAUGAAGUGGAUCCAAUACUCACGUCAAAUGAGGAGAACAUGAAGAUCGUCACUGAAAACAUAAAUGAAAUGAUCACUUUAUGCGAUUACAUUAAAUGUGCCGCACCCAAAUGGUUAAAAGAGCACAGUAACGGUGGCGGUGGUAGUGGUACUCCUACGAAGAAUUUGGGAAAAUUUUGGGAGAAGAAUGGCGAAGUAGAAGAACUAUGGAACCAAUUGGCACAAGCAAUGAGGACAAAUACUAAGAGCGAAAAUAAAUGUAAUCAAAUGGAUAAUGAAAACAGAGAGGCAACCAACCCCGAAAAGAAGGCAUGCAAUUAUUUGCAUGCCGGAUUAACUGAACUGUACAAGAAGACGACGCCGUCGUCGACGACGUUGCCGUCAGGCAACGACGAGAAAAUCCUGGAUAAGAACCCACUGUUGAAACAAACAGUGGGUUGUUUAUUACUUCACGCUUAUGCAAAGAAAAUGAAAAGCGGAGCUAAAUGUUUAGUAGAAUCAGGAAUUAAGAAAGCUUUCGACACUGCUGGUAAAGGUCCAAAUGGUAAAUGCACGAACGAUAGUUCGUGCAUUGAAUGUAAAUGGGAUGAGAACUAUGACAACUGCACAAUUACCUUAAAUGGCUCCACCAAUGAGACUCCAGAUAAGAAAUUAGAAAAAGUAAAAUCCCAAAUUGAAGACACCUUCACUACCACCACGAAGAACAUAAACCUAACACCAUCUUUAUGUGACCAACUCAAAUGUGCUGCCCCCCAAUGGUUCCACAACCAAAACCAAAACAAACUAGCAGGCAAUAGUGGUAGUGGUACUCCUACUCCUACGAAGAGUUGGUGUGACUUCUGGGGGAAGGAUGGCGUUAAAUCAAUAUUGCAAAAGAUGUUCAACGAUAUCGAGAAGAAUGGAAAGGACCCGCCAGGGACAGGCAUUAUUGCCGCAACAUGCCAAGGCUUUGGUGAUGGUAAUCCACAAAGUGUUGAAAGAAAAGCUUGUAAUCAUAUCGCGGAGGGAUUAAAAUACAUUAAAAACAUUAAGCCCAAUGGUACUGGUGUUGAAGACAAGCAACUGCUCGAACGAGCAGUUGCUUGCAUUGCUCUUAACAUGUACGCAGAUAAGAUAAUUACCGAGUCGAAGGAUAAAUGUCCCAUUGAUAAUGAAAGAAUAAAAAAAAUGUUUGAUAAUUGGAAUUUAUUCAAUAAUAAUAAUAAAUCGUGUCCGACCUCUGGUGGUAAUGAUUGUUUUGUUUGUGAUAGGGUAGAUAACAAAGACUUUAAGGAUUGCGAACUAAGUGUUUCCAACACUUUGGUUGAUACAACAACACAACCAAAAGGAGAUUGCAAUACUAAGGCAACUGAAGUAAAGACUAAAAUGGAUGGUCUUCUCAACGACUCUAACAUCAAAAUGAAAACAACAUUAAAUGAAAUAAAUAAAAUGAAUCAUGUCUGUACAAAAAUGCAAUGUGCAGUAAAACAAUACCACAAAAGUAACAACAAAAGUGGAACACCACUAUCUUGGGAUGAAAUAAGUGGUGUCGUUAACGAUGAAUUAAGGGACCUUCUGGAAAAAAUUACGAAUAAAGAGAAAUGGGAAGAGGUUGCCCAACACUGCAAUGGCGUCGGUUCGACAGGUGACAACGACGGAGAAAAAACUGCCAAGCAAAAAGCUUGUAAGCUUUUUGCUUCAGGUUUAAAACACAUUUCUGAUAUUAAAGACAAAAGCCAAAACAACAACCAAGACCAUGAAAUACCACUUAAACAAACUAUGAUGUGCGCAGCACUUAAUCUUUAUGCUGAUCAAUUAAUUUCAAAAUCAGAAAAACAAUGUCCUCUCGAUGGAAAUAAAUUGGCGGACGCAAUAAAAUACGCUUUUAGUAAAAGUAAAGACAUUAUGGGGAAGGGAACACCUUCAUGUUCAACUGUUAAUGGUGUUAGUUCUUGUUUUGAAUGCAAGAGGUACGAUCAAAACGAUUUUGCCAAUUGCCAAAUUGGCAACAAUUCCACUGACAAAGUAGGGGAAAAAAUGACCGAACUCCUCCUCAAAGAAGACAAAACCAACGCCAACACCACCACCCCUACCAUGGACAAAACACUAGACAAAAUAAACAGUAAGGACAUUUUCUGUACUGAACUCCAAUGUGCAAUCAAACAACACUACGCAAAGAAGAUCAAAAAUGGACAGGCAGGUGGAACGACCACACCAUAUUGGGAUGCCUUGGAGAAAGACAUCAAUAAGGAAUUAGCGCAUCUCCUAAAAAAUAUGACGGAGGGUCAGACUGAAUCGGACGUUGUCGACCUCUGCAAAGACAACGACAAAUGGGAUAAACUUGGCCAUAAAGAAAGGAAAACAAAUAAAGCAGCUUGUUUACUUUUUGCUUCAGGAUUAAAACACAUUUAUAACCAACAUAAAGGCAGUGUUAAGGGCCCUGUUAAGGGCCCAUCGUUUGAACAAACGAUGGGUUGUUUAUUUCUUAAAGAGUAUGCAAAACAAUUGAAAGAAAUGGCAAAUGAGAAGAAAAGAGGACAUAGUUGGGUACAUCCUCUUUGUGACAUAGAUAAGGGCAUAAAACAUGCUUUUAGCGAAAGUGAAAAAAUUAUGAAGAGUGUAUUAGAUGAAUGUAGCAGUGGUCCUAAUGGUAUUUCUUGCUUUGUAUGCACACAAAACAAUGAUUAUAAUAAUUGCAAAAUUGGCGAUGACAAUAUAGGAAAUAAAGCUAAAGAUCUGUUCAAAGGCGAAUCGGAACAAAACCAAAUGCAACAAACCUUAGAGAAUACAGUCUGUCCCAUCCUUCUUACGGAUCUCCUUACCCCUUUUCUUCCUUUGGCUCCUGUCUCUAUUGGCCUUUCUGCUAUGGCUUAUUACCUUUGGAAGUAUUUUGGUCCUCUUGGUAAAGGAGGACCACGUUUCCGAAGAUCUCCUACUGAAAUUCCGGGUCCAUCCGUACAAGAACAAGUCCUCGAUCAAGUGGAAGAAGCUGGUCCACAUGAAUAUCGAUUGGUGAAGGAACGAAAACCUCGUUCUGCUCCAACGAGAACAAAACGUUCUGGUCCCGUGAAUCGCCGCACGAUUAUUGAAAUUCAUUUUGAAGUGUUGGACGAAUGUCAAAAAGGGGACACACAAUUGAACCAGAAGGAUUUUCUGGAACUUCUGGUUCAAGAGUUCAUGGGAAGCGAAUUUAUGGAAGAAGAACAGGUUCUUAAGGAAGAGGUUCUUAUGGAAGGGGUUCCUAUGGAAAGUGUUCCAAUGGAACUUGUUCCUACUGAAGAGGUUCCAAGUUUAGGUUCCGUGUUUAUGGUUUAG